GAAAGAGAAGAUGGCUGAUAAGUGUCACUUGUGUCUGCUGGGACUCACCUUUCUCUCUUCACUUCUCACAGGUCUCAGUGGAGUGGAUCAUGUGUUCAUCAGUUCUGGUGAAGAUGUCCGUCUGCCCUGUAAUAAUGCUCUUCCUGACUGUAAAUCAACUACAUGGAUCUAUAAUAACAGAUUCAGAGAUUCAUCAGCAGUUGAACUGUUUGCUGGAGGGAGAAAGAAGACAGACACAGAGAGACAUGAGAGACUGAGUCUGGAGUCUGACUGCUCUCUGAACAUCAAGAGAGUCACAAAAGAAGAUUGUGGACUUUACAUCUGCCAACAAUGGACAGAGAAUGAUCAACAACAAGGAACUGAUGCUCGUGUUUAUCUGCAUGUUCUUCAUGUCUAUUCAUCACCGUCACAGACUGAGAUCAGUGCAGGUCUCUCUCUGACUCUCUUCUGUCAGUUGUAUUCAUAUUCAUCAUCUGCUCGAGUCUCUUGUGAUGCUUGGAUCCGUUCUGAGGGAAUUGAUCUGUUCUGGGUGAAUCAGGCUGGUGUAAAACUGACAAACUCAGACUCCAGAUAUCAGAUAUCAGCUCCAGGUCACUGUAUCAUCUCUCUGAAGACAACAAUCCUGAAUGAAGAUGAAAUCAGAGAGUGGAGAUGUAAUAUUACUCAGAGAGAUCAAGUCAAGACCUCAGUCUCAUACACUGUCAAGAUCUCAGAUCAAGCUGAUUCAACGACAGCAGUCACAAACUCUCAGCAUCGCUCAACUACAAACACAGAUGACACUGAAGAUCAAGCUGAUUUAUCUCAUUCAGCACUGAUUCCAGUCUACAGCACAAACUCUCAGCAUCGCUCAACUACAAACACACACGAAACUGAAGAUCAAACUAAAAGAGUAACAGCAUUGACUCCAGCAGAAACGUCUACACAAGUGAUUGUGAUUGUGAUUGUUGUCGGUGUUUCGGUCGCUCUUCUUCUUCCUGCUCUGAUUCUUUGGCUGAUUCAUAAUAAAAGAGAUGAUGUCAGAAGAGAGACUGAUGACUCUGUGGAGCAGACAGAUGAUGUGACUUAUACUGAAGUUACUGCGCGCAGUAAAAACAGAGCCAAGAAGAACAAGGUUCGCUGUGAUGAUAAAGUGACUUACGCUUCCAUCAGAGGAACAAAAGCUGGAGCUCAGGAAAACUGCAGUCAACUUUAUGCCUCUGUGAACAAGAACCAUCACAAAUCAGACAAAUAAUUAUACA